AUGGCCUUCCGAAAACGUAACGUAGCCCUCGCACGUCCACCAGCUGAAAGUCCUGCCUCCGAAACUCCUUCAUCUCCCGCCUCAAACCCUAUUGCUACCGCUCCCGCGCCCGGCACUCGCCCCUCACCCAUAGACGGCCGCCCCACCACCUCGACCGGUACCCCCUCCCUCGACUCUAUUCUCGCCGGGCAUGCAGGUCUAUCUUUAGGGAAUAGUCUGUUGAUCGGCGAGUCUGGGACGACAGACUAUGCAGGUGCAUUGCUGCGGUUCUAUGCCGCCGAGGGUGUGGUGCAGGGACACAAGGUGCAUGUGGUGGGCAUGGGAGAGGUCUGGGGACGAGAGCUGCCAGGCAUAGCGGAGGAGAAGGACAAGCGGAAGGAGGGCAAGGAGCGGGCGGAGAAGAUGAAGAUUGCGUGGCGGUAUGAAGGGUUGGGGGCGCAUGGCAGUUCAAGGGAGAGAGGUUCUCCGUUUCCCAGCACAGGUGAUGCCGCAGCGGACGAAGCGGCCGUGUUUUGCCACACAUUCGAUCUCGCCAGGCGGCUCACGCUGCCUGUUGGUUCGGCGAUUGACUACGUCCCCAUACCACGGACUUCCAGCUCGCCGUUCACUGAAAUUCUCAGGACCCUGCAGAAGCACAUAGCUAGAUCGCCACCAGACUCCAUACAUCGACUGGUUAUCCCGUCGCUCCUUUCGCCUGCCUUAUACCCUCCGACUGCUUCCCAUCCAGCCGUGAUCCUCCCCUUCCUCCAUGGCCUCCGUGCUCUUCUCCGCAAAUACUCGACACGCCUAACCGCCAUCAUGACCCUUCCUCUUACGCUCUAUCCGCGGUCGUCAGGCGUGGUUCGCUGGAUGGAGAUCCUCUCCGACGGCGUGUUCGAACUAUCGCCGUUCCCAUAUUCGCAUCAUGAAUCGCUCGCCACAUCAGCAGGAACAACCAAGGACGAGGAGCGGCCGCAGGGUAUGUUUGCGGUACACAAGCUGCCUGUGUUCCAUGAGAGAGGUGGUGGUGGUAGUACCGAAGGACUGGGCGAAGAACUCGCGUUUACGUUAUCGAGGAGGAAGUUUGUGGUCGCCAAGUUCAGUCUUCCGCCGCUUGAGGGUGAUACAGAGGCGCAGGAGGCAGCCGUGAGGGAGGCAAGUGGAAAUGCGAUGCCGCGGAAGGAGGAUCUCGAGUUUUGA